GUCCAUUCUCAAUCUUGUCCAGCACCAUCCCAACCAACGCAUUUGAGGUUUGUCUUUAUCAGGGCACAUUUUUAUAUUCACGCCAUUAUCCCUGUUAUAUUUCACUUUUCUUUUCAACUGUACUUUCUUACAACACAACCAAAAUAAUAACAAUAAUGCUUUCCAUCAAGAGACAGGCGCUUGCUAACGCCGGCCGCAUUCUGUCGCGCCCUCACAUCCUGGCCAACAUCUCCUCGGCUUCAGUUCGCGCAUACCACAGCAAGCUCGUCAAGUCUUCUGACGAGGCAAUCAAGGACGUCAAGGCCGGGGACAAGCUUUUGUUUGGCGGUUUGAACCUGAUCAAGGCCAUUAUUCGUCGCAAGGACAUCCAGCAGAUCACUGCUGUUUCUAACACAGCCGGAACUGCUGACUAUGGUUUGGGAACUUUAAUGCAGAGCCGUCAGAUCAAGCGCAUGGUGGCCAGCUAUGUCGGCGAGAACAAGGAGUUUGUCCGGCAGUAUCUUGGCGGCGAGCUUGAGCUCGAGCUCGUUCCCCAGGGCACUCUUGCCGAGCGCAUUCGCGCCGGUGGUGCUGGUAUCCCCGCCUUCUACACCUUGACUGGCGCUGGAACUCAGGUCGAGACUGGUGGCAUUCCCAUCAAAUUCAAUAAGGAUGGUACUGAGGUCCUGAUUGCUAGCAAGCCUCGUGAGACCAAGGUGUUUGACGGCAGAAAGUACGUCAUGGAGGAGGGUAUCACCGGUGACUUUGCCUUGUACUCUGGUAACAACUUCAACGCACCCAUGGCUACUGCCGGUAAGAUCACCAUUGCCGAGGUUGAGGAGCUUGUUCCAGUUGGCGAGCUCAAGCCCGACGAGAUUCACAUCCAAGGCAUCCAUGUCCACCGCAUUCUCAAGGGUGAGGUUUACGAGAAGCGUAUUGAGAAGCUGACUCUCCGCCGCUCGGAUGCUGAGGAGCAGGAGCUUUCAGGAUCGAUGAAGAAGCGUAUCCAUAUCAUCAAGCGCGCUGCCCGCGAGUUCAAGAACGGCAUGUACGUCAACCUGGGCAUUGGUAUGCCGGUUCUUGCCAGCAACUACAUUGCCCCUGAUAUCACCGUUCAUCUCCAGAGUGAGAACGGUAUUCUUGGCAUGGGCCCCUUCCCGACCGCCGAGGAAGUCGAUUGCGAUGUUAUCAACGCUGGUAAGGAGUCCGUCACUGUUCUGCCUGGCGGCAGUUGCUUCUCCAGCGACACUUCCUUUGCCAUGAUCCGCGGUAACCGCAUUGAUAUGACCAUCCUCGGUGGCAUGCAGGUUUCUCACAGAGGUGAUCUGUCCAACUGGGUUGUCCCCGGAAAGGUUGUCAAGGGAAUGGGCGGUGCCAUGGAUCUUGUCUCUGCUCCCAAGUCCCGCGUUGUUGUCACCAUGACUCACAAUGCCAAUGACGGUUCCCCCAAGAUCAUGCACGAGAACACAUUGCCGCUCACCGGUGCCAAUUGUGUUGACCGCAUCAUCACUGACAAGUGCGUGUUUGAUGUUGUUCCCGGAAAGGGUCUUUUGCUGCGCGAGCUGUCCUACGGCUAUACCGUUGAGGAUAUUAAGGCGUGCACCGCUUGUGAUUUCGAGGUUGCCUCGGACGUUGCCGAGACCUACUAAAUACAAAAUAGAAACCUAUAUGUGAUAUAUACAUCAAUCUAAUAUACAUAGCAUACAUUUUAACAUUUAAUGUCUUGCAAACCCGAUGAAAAUUGUAAAACAAAAAAUUG